GCCGCAGAGCUAGGCGAAGAUUCCCUGCUUCUUUCGACGUGCUGGGUCUAUCAGUGGGUACAGUUAGGCACAUCUUUUGGAUGCAUUACAGGGCGAAGAAGGAUGGGCCACUUCCACACCGGUAUCUCAGGUCCAAUAUCGACAGCUCUCCGAUGGAGUGUCAUCAAAGACUCCUCAUGGCACAGCAAGACGAAAAAAUGAGCGGCGGAAUUCACUCUUCGAAACCUCAAAUACGAAGAAGAGCCAGAGGUCGAAUGUUGGAGCCAAUUCCCAAUCCAGGCGACAAGCGCCACAGAAUGCCCUCUUUGAACCUAAGAAAACGACCAACAACCCUCCACCGAGAGGCGAUCAACAGAAAUUGACAGAUCCUUCCCGAUUCGAACCCCGAGCUUCUCCAAAGAGCUUGUCCAAUAGCAAAAUGCAAGACCUGUCUUCUGUGCAGCGUCAUUUGCGCUCAUUAGAGGAACGUGCCAUGAGAUUGAAGACAAUGCCUCUUGCAUUAUCUGACGCAACAAGUAUCGACGUAAAUUCCGCAGAGAGAAAAGAGCUGUUCAAUGGGGCAAAGGAAAUCGUGGAUACCCUACGAAUGGCGGUAGAACAAAAAAAGAUCAAUCCUUCUGGGAAACACGGACGUGCCUUAUCAUCCAUUCUUGGCAGUAUACUUGGCAUCUAUUCUGCGUCUUAUCACGAUGACAGAGACUACUCUAUUUUUGAGGAAUGUUUAUGGGUUCUGGUGCUUCUCGACGACUGGAAUCUUAACCGUCAGGAACCACACUAUCAGAACGCCAUUGUUGUGGGUGUGCACGAGAAGCGCUGGAAACUUGCUGCUGAGCUCUUUCUUCAACAGAUCGAUCGAGAUGCAUCUGGAUUUUGCCCCAUGAGCUUUGUUUCUGUCUCAUCACCAGUAGGGUUGUACGCUGUUGCGAGAGAUGCACAGGAAUCUGGAAAGAGUGUAGUUGACUCGGUGAUGGAAGCAGUCACCAGUCUGUCUCUCAUCUCUCCAACAGACAAAGAUCGGCACAUGCUCGCCGCGGGAACGGCAAUCGGUCUAGCUGGCGAGUGGGAAGGUUUGGUGUCGUAUCUGAAGGAGAACUCAGGUGAAGGUGUCCCUGGUCAGCCCCUGGUUGCUGCAGCCAUGCAUGCAUGCUUGCUGUGCAACAGGCACGAAGAGGCAAACGAAGUCUUUCGUACUCUCACGGAUGGUAACCUUGCUAUUUCGUCCGAGUUCCACUGGGGUGGAGGGCAAGACACCACGUUUCCGUUGUGUCGAGACUUGGCAAUGCGCGCAUUUGCUAAAUGUGGAAGCGGCUCUGAAGCAAUGGCGAUGCUACGUCAAGCCCUAGAGGAGGAACGUGCUGUAAGCGAAGUUGCUCUUCAUGGCGUCUUCAGCGCUUUGGAACGAGAUGAAGAGUGGAGAGAUGCUGUGGACUUGCUCUUUAGACUGUGGGCAGACGACACGAGUAUUCAUGUGGUUCCCGGUGCCGAAUUGGAAAUCCCUAGCGUAGAGGACACAGAACCCAAUGGCGAGUUCCAACGAAGCCUUAUUGAUCAUGGGAGCGUCUUGUCCUGCGUAAUGCGGGCCUGCAACACAGCCGGUGAAUUUGGAGUGGCCCUUCUUUGUUUCAUGCUAGUGGAUGUAUCUCUGGCGAGUUCGCGGGGGCAUGAAAGUUCAGGAGGAAUGAUGACCAUGCUGGGGUUGCUUCGCGAAGUCAAUGAUGCCAACGAACUUCUUUCUGCAGCGAUGAUUGCGUUAUGCGGCGUAGAGAGCUUCGAACAAGCGCAAACUCUAUUUGAUCUAACAAUGGAACGUGAGAAUGAGUUUGACCAAACAUCAGACGCGUUUGUCGAAGCCGAGCAAGUAUAUCACUAUGCUCAAGCGUGCGCAAACUCGUCUCCAGAUCAAAGGCGAUGGGCUACCUGUCAACGCCACUCGGACAGGAUCUUGAGAGCUCUUCAUGCAAUCAGAAUGAGAGGUGAACAGCUUGAUCCAGACCAGCUCUAUGUUUUGGGUUCAGCCUUAGCCAUGGUGCUCCGUUCAUGUACAGAAGCGAGUCAACCAGCAGCUGGUAUCAUACUUUCUGACUAUGCUACAGCCGAGCUUGCUAGAUUCGCUCCGAAGACCUCUGGUAGUCAUUUCUCGCUGGGAGGUGAGAAGAAAGGUACGAACGAUGCCUUCUUCACUCUGAUUGAUGCCUACCUUGCCGAGAAAAUGAAGGCGCAUCUGGCAAUGGACCAAAAAGCUCUGGCGCUUUCGUUGCUAUCAGCAAAUGUCGAUGGCUUUGAGCGAGAACCAGAAAAGUGGACCAACACUAACUCUGCUGUCCUUCAGAUAUUGGCGGAGAGCGGCAACACAGAGGAAGCGGCUGCUUUAUUUCGGCGGCACGUCGAAUCAACCCGAGGCGACAACAUUGAUUCGUUCGUGGCAGCUGCGCAAAAAUUUGCGGACGCAGGGCGUUGGAACGAUGUGAUCGAUACUUAUCACAUGGCGCUGGAGAGAGGCUGCCAUUCGACUCCGCUGGGGGUUCUCUCCAUGAAGGCUGUUUCUGAGACGAAGCUAUCCGGGAAACUGAGAAUUGCACGGGGCAUCAUUCGCGACACAUCCAAGGCAGCCGGGAUGGACCCAGCGAGCUGGCUGGAUUCUCGCUAUUGGCGCUUGAAACAUUUGUUGGGUUUCAGUGACGCUCGACUUUUGAUGUGGUGGAAUGAUCCGAAUGAGAGUUAUGUUGACGAACUUGACUUUGCCAUUGAAUCGUUUGAGAAGAGAGUUGUGGAGGGACGCCAGGCUAAGAACGCCGUCCUUCGCUUGAUUGUGUCGCAUGGACGCCAUUUCAGCGGCGGCGAAAGGUUGGAAGAUGGCAAGCAUCCCCGUAUCCCUCGGGAUCAAAGCGGCUGGGCAGAUCUUGUGAAGAGGGUUGUGGAUGAAUCCUCCAGUUUGAAGAACGACGUUCGUUUCUUGGACGAGGCUUCGUGUGCUCUUCGUCAUCUUGGUUGUAAUGUCGAGUGCCUGGAUUUAGUAGAAUCAGCUGUGAAGCGCAAUGUGCAAGUCGGUGAUAUUGCUGCUAGGGAAGCUUUGCUGGCCGAGGAAUCUCUUGGCAUCAAGCAUAAAGAUGAGGAAGGGCAUCCACAAACAGAAGGCCAAUAGUACCGAUACCGUACGAUCAAGAUCCAAGCAGUGCAGUUGUGCAGUCAAGUACGGCGCUUGGACAAAGCGUAACAGCAGAGCAGAUGGAGCAGAUUGAUCGGUGGAGCAGCCAAGAGGUACCGAUACCUGAAUCAUAAACCGCUGUACUUGUGUAAAUAGAAACCGAUACUUGCUAGGUGGACCUUCAUCAUCGAACAUGCUGGGCAGCAACCGGGGGAUCCAUGGGUGACAUCAACUGUGAUUUCUAUAAGGAACAACCUGGAGGAUGAUAGAGCCAAAGACACUUCUAGCUACCGUAGGAGCAAUAGCUAUUAGGCUACCCUGUUGCUUCUUCCUUCACGCACAUUGAUCCGCAAAAGCAAGAAGGGCGCUUUCUAAAAACUGGGGCUGCAUCCGAUGGCAUUGCUGCCCGGGACU